CAACACUAUAUAAACCCUCAUUACUCUACAUAACUCUCAUCUUCACAUUCACCAUUCUUCUCUUAAUUAAGCUCUAAUUGUACUUAGCUUAAUUACAUAAUUAAGAUGGCUUCCAAAACUUGUUCCUCUCUUGCAAUUUUCCUCACAAUAAACCUUCUGUUUUUCUCACUUGUUUCAGCUUGUGGCUCCUACUCAUGCAACCCUACUCCAAAACCAACUCCUAAACCAAAGCCUAACCCAAAUCCUAACCCUACCCCUUCAAGUGGAACAUGUCCACGUGACGCUCUUAAACUUGGUGUAUGUGCCAAUGUCCUAAAUGGAUUGUUGAAUCUAAAAUUGGGACAACCACCAGUGGCACCAUGUUGCUCCCUUCUUAAUGGCCUUGCUGAUCUUGAGGCUGCAGUGUGUCUUUGCACUGCCCUUAAAGCUAACGUUUUGGGCAUUCAUCUAAACCUUCCCAUCUCACUUAGCUUGCUUCUAAAUGUUUGCUCAAGGAAAGUUCCACGUGAUUUCCAAUGUGCCUAAAUAAAAUCAUACACCAAUGCAUGGUUGUGCUAUUUGUGGUUUUUGUUGGUUUUUGGAGUUCGAUUUAUGAGUGUUUGAUUCUUGUAUACGUGCAUGGAUGAUUAUUAACGACUCGUUAUAAUCUUUCCAUUUUCACUAUUUUGUUAUGUAUUGUGACUGUAAUAUUACGAUAAAUAAAUUCCAUAUGUUUUCUUAUAUGUAAAUCGAAUGGGUGGUGUAAUUUAUUUGAAUGAGAAAUUAAUUAUAUAUACUUAUUUGUUUGUUAAA